AUGCCGCCCAAAGCAUCCUCAAAGGGGAGCAAGCAGGUCUCGACCCCUGCCAAGCCUGUCAAGCGCGGCCCUCCCCCUCCCAUCAAGUACUACUUGAUCUUCUUCAACUUCCUCUCGUUCUUCGGAUGGGUCAUCGUCCUUUCGACGCUGGUCAAGCACCUGGCGCUCGGCCCCCAGCCCUUCUCGCCGCCCGUUCGAGCCGCUGCUGAUCUCCUGGCUCGCUUCCGUCUCGCCAAGAUCGGUAUCGUCAAGACCUACUCGCACCUCUUCCCCGAGCCCAUUGCCAGGCUGCUCGAGCGCGCUGCCAACUCGCACACCUUUGUCGGCUCCGUCGUCGCUCUCGUUCAGUCGCUUGCCAUUCUCGAGGUCGUUCAUGCUGCUAUCGGAUGGGUGAGGAGUCCCGUCAUCACCACCGCCAUCCAGGUCGCCUCGCGUCUGUUCAUGGUGUGGGGUGUCAGCGAGCGAUUCUCGCAGGCGUGGACCAGCCCCUUCUACGCUUCCAUGGUGCUCGCAUGGGCCAUCACCGAAUGCAUCCGCUAUCCCUUCUACGCCAACCAGCUCCUCCAGCAGGAAGGGCCCGCCAUGCUCUGGGCUCGCUACACCACCUUCUUCGUCCUCUACCCCAUCGGUGCCGGUUCGGAAGCCAUGUGCAUCCUCGCGACGCUUCCCAAGAGCCUUCCGUUCAACAACCCGGGUGCUUGGGACCUGCGUGCUUACAUCUAUGCCGGUCUGUUCGUCAUCUGGUGGCCCGGUCUUUACGUCAUGUACACGUACAUGAUGAAGCAGCGUCGCAAGGUCAUCGGCACGGGCUUCUGGGGCGACAAGCUGCAAAAACAGAUCAUCGACAGCAAGAAGUCGCAGUAG